UCAUUACGUUGUGUUAAUGUGCCGCUUUUGCAGAUUAACCAGUGUCCUUUAUUGUUUAUUCCACUUUGUGCGUGAUGAAUUACGUUCUCCAGUCGCUAAAAAUUUGAUCGUUUACAACUUCGCAAGCGUGAAAUUAAUAACGUGUGUAAUAUGGCGUACUAUGAUGCUCAUAUGGAUGCUGAGCAAAUGCCGGGUGUUGAUCGAAUGGAUGUCGAAUAUACAAUAUAUGUGAGGAAUUUGCCAAUAGAAUUAAAUAAGGAUGGUAUCAGAGAUAUUUUUAGUCAGUAUGGCAAAAUUAAGGAAAUGUUCCAUCCUCGUCAUGCCACAUGGACCUAUGUUACAUAUGGAACAUAUCGUGAAGCUGAACUUGCUAUGCGAGAACUACAUGAAAAAAAACCAUUAUGUCUGAAAGUGACAUUAGCAAAGGAGAGAUCUAGAAAAGAAGAACAUUUUGAAAAAACGAAGGUGAUAGAUACUGCAGAUUCACCACCACCUAUUCACAAUGAUAUAAAAUAUCAGAAUAUGGGUCAUGGUCAACCAACACAUGCAUUCCAUAAACAUGUAAUGCCACAUAUAACAAUACCAUGUAGUUUUCCAAACUACGAAUCAUCAUCUUUGUCUUCGUGUUCACAAACACAUAGUAUCUAUGAGCUCGAGGAUCCUUACAUGAGUACUAAUAAAUUGUGGACAAGAGGUAUAAUAACUGUUACGCCAGAUGGAAAAAGACAUGUUUCUCUUGGACGUGGUUAUACACUAUAUGAAUAUCCAGAACCGCAUCCUAAGGUUGAAGAAUGUAUUUCAAACAUACAUGAACAACGAAAGAAUGGAUUAUAUGAAUAUUCCAAAGACAAAUUUAAAAAUGAAGUGCAGAACUGUUCUGUUUGUUCUACAAAGACAACAAAACAUUGUGAAAAAUGCCAAGCAUACAGCCACAUAUACAAGAAGUUUUUUGUCAAAGUCAUAUAUUUUAAAUUAAAAAUGGCAUUAGUGGAAGAAAUUAAUGAUAUAUCAUCUUUGCAAAUUAACCAAGAUGCAAAUCAAAUAAAGACAAUCUCAAAUGUUGAUAAACUAACUAAAUCUGGUGAUGUGAAAUUGCGACGGCCUAAUACGUUUAAUGUGAUGCAAGUUGAAAAUUCGAAUAAUAUGAGUGAAAAUAUCAAUGAGCAUGAAAAUAAUAUAGAAGCUACUCAUAAGUCUAUCAGCAAUAUAAAGGAUAAACACGUAUCUACACCUCAACGUGUUAAUAAUAUUAAUGAAUCUCAAACUAAAAUGGCAGAUCAACCUGUAGUAAAUGCUACAAACACUAAAGAAUUUUCUCAACAGCAUCGAUUGCGCGUACAUAAUAAUACUAACGAGAAUAUUGAUCAGUCAAAAAAAAAUAAUGGUUGUUCUCCAACAUCUAGCUUUUGCCGAAAUCAAUAUAGUCGUAAUUAUCAAAACGAUUCAAAAAAGACUAGUCUUAAAGAAAAAUAUAAUAAUAGCAAUGUAAGAGAUAAAACUUACAAUAAUGAUAGAAAUGAUUCUCAAAGGAAUAGUUUCCAAAGUGACAAAGGCUCCGAUUAUAAUGGCAGAGAAAAUAUCAAUAGACAUGGAAGUAUUUCCAGUAAUAGUUCGGUGAACAACGAUUUAGCUUUUUACAAAGAUACACAGUUGUCAAAAACAAAAUUCAUAACCGUGGAAAUUAUAAUACCAUUAGAUAAUAAUGAGUAUUGGAUAUAUAAAUUAGAGGAUACAGAUGCACGUACGAACUUAAUGACGAAAUUACAAGAUAUCGCAAGAAAAUCACGUAAUAUGCAGCCAGUUAUUGGUGAAGUUUAUGGCGUUUUAUAUGAAACUGUUUGGCAAAGAGCUAUGGUAACAUCUCUGAAUCCUACUAAGGUUCAUUUUAUUGACUUUGGUAACUACGAGAUACUAGGAAAAAGUAGUGAGAUCAGAGAUAUUGGUGACCUGAUCAAAUUUCCUAAGUUUGCUAGAAAAAUUCGCUUGACGCAAGGCACAAGUGAUAAAUAUAAAAAUCUGCAGCGAGGCGAAAAGAUUUCUGUUAGAAUGUUGACUUUAAAUUCUGAGAAAACAAUAAUAGUAGAAGUAGAAGAAGAGCAAUCUAUUUAUUAUGCAAAAAAUUUAUCUUCAUCUACAGAAAGUACUUCAAACGGUACAAAGAAAAAGUUAUUAUCGCAAAAGAAUUUUAAGGUAUCACCAAAUAAAAGUACAAAUCCUUCCAUGAUUCAAAUACCUAGCGUCUUAGAUGCUUUGGCUGAUUUGACACAAAAUAGUUCAGAGUUGCAUAUUAACGGUUUUAUACAAUUUUUUGAAUCCACGCAAAAGAACGUUUACAGCGUAACUUUGCUUCCACAAGUUUUCAGUACUGAAGUAACGAUGAUCUUUGAAGAUAUACAAGAAGAAUGUUCAAAAAUACAAAUACCUGCAGAUUACAAGCCAAAAGCAGAAGAAUUGGUUUGCGGUUACUGGCAGGAAUGCUGGUACAGAGGAUAUAUUUCGACGUAUCCCGAUUCCAUUUUUGUAAUAGACGAGGCAAGAAUUCUUCAAGUAAAUGAAAUUGUACCAUGUCCCAAAAAAUAUUUAAAUAUUUGUGCCUUUGGAGUAAUGUGCGAAAUAAAUCAUUCUACUGUCAAAUUGGAAAUGAACCAUAAUUACGAGUUUACAUCAAUUAUAAAUGAGAAUAGCAACAAACAAAAAAGUAUCGAAAUACAAAUAUAUGUAAACUCUGAAGCGAUACAGGCUGUACUGAAGACUUCGAAACCGACAAAUUUAUCAAAUUUUGAGUUAAAGAGUGGAUCUAAGAUAUGUCUUACAAGUUAUCGAAAUCAUUAUUGUAUGUUUGCACGCUCUUUAGAAGAAGUGGAUGUAGAAUAUUAUAAUAAUGUUAUGCAAUCUGUUGCUCAAUAUGCACAAACAGCACCAUACCUAACCGAAUCUCCACCUGAUAAAGAAGUAGUGAUUGCGCCAUUCGAAGGAGAUGGUAACAGUUAUCGUGCAAUGGUACUUAAGACACAGAAUAAUAAAGCUCAAAUAGUAUAUAUUGAUUUCGGUAAUCUAACUGAAAUUGAUAUAAAAGAUCUUAAAGUCAUGCCAUAUCAUUCACAGCAACAAAGCUGUGCGGUAAAAGUAAUCUUAAAAGAUGUACCUCGUGACGUACCCAUGAACCAAGAAGUUGACAUGUAUCUUCGCCAUAUAUCAGGCACAGAAGUGCCUUUAAUAUGUACAUUCGAGGGUUUAUCCAAGGAUGGAGUUCGUUUGAUGAUUGCUGAUACAGGAGAAUGUGUUAAUGAUAAAAUAAAUCAGCUGUUAAUCCCAGGGUGGAAACAAGCAAAUAAUAAUGAUAACACAUGCUACAUGUUCAAUGACAUCAAAGUAGCAAGUUUAGGACGUGUGGGUGAUACAGUAAAUGCACUGGUAGUAUAUGCAGCGAAAGAAGACAUAACAUCAUACAUGAUUGGUCCUGAGGAUUUUGAAUUAAUGACUCAUAUCUUCGAAGUGAUGCCAGCAUUGUUGAAAGAGUAUUGUGAAAAAAUGGAGUAUUAUAUUCCAAGAACGCAAGAAUUAUGUUUGGCAUUAUAUGAUGGGAUUUGGUAUCGAGCAGUCUGUCUCAAUCCUAAGGAAUCGCAUAGGGCAGCUCAAAUUUUUUUUAUUGAUUAUGGGAAUGUAGAGUUAGUAGAGCAUAAGGAUAUAAGAUUAAUGCCCAAAGACUACAUUUUACCUCAAGCAUUUGCGAAUAUGUGUAAUCUUGUCAAUUUAGCACCAGUGGAUCGUAAUGGACAAUAUUCGAAAGUGGUACAGAAGAAAUUAAAGGAAUUAAUAAUGGAAAAUUCAUUCAUCAAAAUUAAAAUUGUCGAGUACUCUGAAGAUGGUUGUUAUAAAAUCGAAGUACCAGAAGUUCGUGCUAUGUUAAUUAAACACGGUCUCGUGUAAAAAUUUUAAUUUACGUAUCUCAUAAAUUAUGUGAUCUUGUAUAGAAUUAAGAUAAUUUUUGAUCUUAAGGAUUUGACUGCAUUGCCAUUUAUAUAUUUUAAACAGUGGGCAUAAUUACGUAUUUGAUUAUUAUUUUUAACUUACAUAACUUUUUAUUUGAUGUUUCAGUCUACUGUUAUCAUAUUUUGUUUUUCGAGGACCAGUUUUAUUUCUAUGUUU